AUGCCUGCAGCUGCUUUGGAGGAAACAGCUCACGACGUAUUCGUAUCCACGAGCUUGGUCUUAUAUCUUCUUGCCCUUUUUUCUGCGCAGCACAGAACCAAGCAGGUGCAGACAUAUUUGCAAAGCUUUCUAUGUCAAUUCCUGCCAGACAAGGUGCAGCUAAAUGUGAAGAUCAAUGACUGUACGCUCCAUUUGUCACUGAAUCAGGGGCGGGUGUCCUUGUCUGAGCUCACAGCCCGCACCGCCUUUCGGGAGCGGCAAAAGAGCUUGCGUAGAAAGAUCACGCGGUCAAUGGGCGAGGAACGCGGCCUUGCAGACGUGUUGGUGCAGCUCUUUCGGUGGAAUGAGUACAAAUGGCUUUUCCGCGCACUCCUGCAAGGUCUCACUCCAGAGCUUGAGAAUGGAAUUGCUUGCAAACAGUUCGAGUCCACGCCCCUGGAGUCCGAUGCCUUUGACUGGUCUGAGCCAGACUGGCGCGACCCCAAUGUGCGACUUGCUCGGUUGCAGGCAGCACUGACCACACGCAGCCGACACAAGAAGAAAGGUCAAUCGGCGAAUGAAAAGCUAUCAAGGAGACAGCUGGGCCAGCGGAAAGCACAGACGGCAAUGGCACGCUCGAUGCUGACCUUUCGACAUCGCCGGCAAGAAAGGUCUCAGUACUGGCAGACAGUGCGCAAAAAGUUUGCCUCCGCUGUAAGGGUUCAUACCGCCUUCGACGGUUCCCGGGUCGGCGGUCGCAAGUGGGUGACCUUCUGCGUGCUCAGUGGAGGUCUCGCUUGCUGGGCCCCUCCGGUCAGAUACCGUGAUGGUGGCUACCGGCCUCCCGACUCAGAGCAGAAGCCAAAUCAAGCGGAACAAGAGCGCUUAGAUCUCAGGACCCUUGAGUUCCUGGAAGAACUGCGGAGCCGGGAGGCCACAGCAGAACCAACCUCGGUGGUGCAGAAGGUCUCGAGACUGCCGUCUUACGAGCAAAUCAUGGGCCUGGACCACACCUUGAGCUGCAUACUUCCCCACAUGAACGGCCUGUCAAGUUUCCUUCCAACCGACGCAGAAGCAGGGAAGCCUCUCCUCGAACUUCCCACUUUGUGUCUGACAGCUGACGGCGGCCCAGAUGUGAAUUCUGCCCUGAUGUUUCUACAGUACGGCGCCGGUCUGAGAAUGAUUUCUUUUUGGGACCCCAGACACCGGAUCUCUCGAGAGUUGGAGAACUCUAUUACCCAUGGUGGGUCUGGCCUGAGAGGCGCCAUGCUGGCAGCCGAGUUCAUUCUGUCUUUCCAACGAGGCCCGUGGUCUGGUCACAAAUGGCACCGAAUUCUUCAAGAAGAAGCGAGCGAAUGGUUAGCUCAAGCAGCUGGCCAGAGCGAUGCUUUGGUCCAACACCUUUUGCCCGGUAUAGGCAAAGAGCUCGGCCUGAGCCAGACAGACAUCAGUCGAACUGACAUUCUGGCAGGUCUAGCAAAUGCUAAAUUUCUCCAGCACCGUGGCCCAGCAUCGGCAAGUCGCUGGGAUGCAUUUCAUGCAGGCUGGUCUGAGCGACGGUCAGAGCUGUCCCUUAUGCUUGGCCUGCUGAUCAGUUUUGGCUUGAAAUGCGGGUAUCUCAGCGGAGUGCUGAACAAAGCUGGGUGGUCUGAGACACGAGCCGCAGAGUGCGACGACAAGAGCACUCUCAAGGCAGAGACAAAGGCGCAAAUGUAUCGCCAGUGUCGGAACAAGCUACACGUGGUCACCAUGACUCUGCUGAACACGGACGGGGUCUCGAUGAUCCAGGCAUGGUAUUGCAUUUCUGUCCCGGUCAGUCAUGAGCUGCAUGGCAUCCGGUCUUUGCUGAGCACUGGCAAAGAGGGCUGCAGACAGCACUGGCUUGAACAGGCUCGGGGGGGGCCUUUGGCAGUAGCCGGUCGGAUUCUGGAGCAGCUUCUGCAGCCAGACACGUUGGAGAGCACAGGUCUUUGGUUUGAGGCCGAGCUCUGUGGCAAUGCUGUUGGCAGAAUGUCUGUGGACCACCCACAGGUUCGGCUACAGGACAAACAAAGCCAACGACACAUGAAGAUGGCCUUGACGCUGGUCUUUUACAAGCUCGUGUACGCUUCUCCGGUCCUGUUUGGCUACCCGAUGAAAUUAGUCUUGCUGCUGGGCACCGAGGCUGAGCAAGCCGCUACCCUGGUACACUUGCGGCGCAGUUAUGAAGCACACAAAGCAGCUGCAACACGUCGCGGGAAAUGGUGUCAGGUGUUUGCCAAGCGGUCUCCGUUCAAUUUGCAAAUCAUGCGGGAUGUCGUGGCGGAGCUUGAGCGCAGCGAGUGGCAGUUGAGCAAAGGUCUGCGUUGUUUUCUGGAUGAUUGUUUCAGUGGCUUCGGGUGCACGUGGAAUGAGGAAGGUUUCUCCCGACUUCGUGAAACAGAGUCCACAGAAAACAAAGGUUAUGACAUGACAUCAUGCCAGGUGUGGCAAACGCUUUCCUUCAGAAAGGUCUUGGAGGGUUCUGGCUUUCACGAGGUCGCCACAGAUACGACCUUGCCAGCAGUCAGUUUGCCUGAGUCUGUUUACCACAUCCAGCGUAAGCAGCCCACUUCGCCUGUGCUGAAAGGAAUCCUGAAACAAAUGGUGUGGCCUUCCCUUUCACCUCAAGGUGUAGGGGGCCUUGCCUGCGAGCUGACGUUAUUAGCCAACGCCAAGGACUCCGACUCGAUUGGCAAGCUCGCAGCAACGUGGCGGAGCACUCUGUUGCGUCAGGGCUUGGUGGUGAUGCACAAGUCCUGGCCUCGACCUUGUCUGUCUUUGGGCGUUUGGCCUGGCAACAGUGGUGUGUUGCUAGUCCCUUUACAGGAAUGUAAAUAUGGAUGGAGUCUUGCCGAUGCUGCUUUAUCCACAGCAUCACUUGUGUGGGCACAGGUCUCCUGCUUCACGGAUUGGUCUGUGUUGCCAUCAGACACGUAUAGCCCACUUCACAUGUUUGCAAGGCACAAAGAGAGAGACCUGUCUGCUCUCCCGCUGGUGUGUAAGUCAGACGAAGAUUCCCGCAAUAAGGUCCCGCUUCUGGAGUAUAGUGCCCAGCACGCAUACUGGGAUUUGCCAGCCAGCAUCUUGAAGCUCUUGGCAAAAGAAGAGUUUGCCCAGGAUGCCGCGGUCCAAGACAGUCAUCUCGUAGGGGAACUUUUGCGGGUCUGCGUUGAAAAGGCGCUGAAGGUCUCACCAGAAAAGGCUGCUGACAUCAUGGAGAGCAACUUGCACCAUAGACACGCGGACGACAAACAAGACCUCAUCGAUUUGCUGAAGCAGCCAGCUUUCGAAGAACUCGUUCACGCUCGAGACCAACAAGAAGUGCAAGAUGCCUUGAAGCAAGCCAAGGCCUCUCAUCAGGCAUUUUUGGACGUUGCAGGGGCAAUCAGCCGCGUGCGCAAAGCAGGGUCCAAAGCAAAAGCUGUCAAGCGAAAGCCGGUCAACUUUGCAAGUUUCAGGGUCUUCGAUGCAGAGCGUGUGUCUGCGUGGCUGCCAGAUGGCUCUUAUCGGUGCUACCGUGACACUUUUAACAAGUGUUGGCGGAUUUUCCACAAAAGUGGAUGGAGUAUGAGCAGGUCUUGGGGGCCAAGCGGGAAUGAGUCAGCGCCAGUGGAAUCGGUUGUGCAAGGCGCCUGGGAGAGGCACAAAAUGUUUCACCCAAACUGCCAGUGCCCGUUCGACUUCAAGAAUGUCGUGGCAUGA